AUGCGAAGCAUUUCACCAACGGCGGUGCAAAAACCGACGCCUGCAAAUUUUCCAGAGUUUUUGCCGUAUGCAUGUGGACAGUUAAGUGCUCCAUUUGGUGUAUCUGUCAAGGUUAAAGUGCAAGAUGAGUAUGUGAGCAAAGCGGAAGAUAAAACUAAAAAAGGUAAAAAGUCAAUGGCAGUUCUUCAACACAAGUCUGCAUCAGACGUGGUGACAAGUGGACUCGACGCAGUAGCAUUCACUGAUUAUGACGAUGAUGAAAUAAAGGUCACAGCUGUAGUUGAUUCGACCAAUCAACUUAUAGGAAUUUCAAUGCACCGCAGCAGAGAAGCACCGCGUUUGAUUUUUCAAAUAUUAGGCCUUUGUGUACCAUUUUGUUCAUAUCUCACUUCAUUGGUAUUAGACACCUGCGCCCUAACCGGUUGUAUACUUCAUGAGAUCGCCAAGUUUUUACCACAGUCGCAGAUCACAGAAAUUUCUCUAGAUAACUCUCCCAUAGUAGCUUCUGAGCGGAUCUACUACAUGUUAUUGGAACGACAGACAAAUUUGCGGAACUUGUCAUUAGCACGAUGUAACCUGUCCGAUCAAGACUGUACAGUAUUGUUCGCCCAAUUGUUGCACCCUUUGCCGGCUUCAAAAACACUAAUGACCUUAAACCUCACGAGCAACUUUAUAUCUGACAGAGGAGCCCGAGCCAUUGGUGAUUGUUUACGUAGUAAUAGAACCCUACAAUACCUUAAUCUAGCUGGAAACUACAUAAGUGAUGAUGGCGCUGUAGAUAUUCUUCAAAGUUGUAUUGAAUUUCCACUGACUGCUGAUGAAAUAAUGAAAAAGAAACAGCGAUUCAUGGACUAUUUGAAAAUGCGCCAGAACGUUUACAAUAGAUUUGUCAAGGAAAUAACUAAUACUUUAACGGGAAAAGCUUUUGAUGAAUUUAGCAAAACAAGCAAGCGAAAAGCAUUGAAAGGUAAGGAUAAUAGAACCCCAUCAUUUUCACAGUUACCAAAAAAUUUGAGCGCAGGAGCAAUAGCAACAACAAAAGCGGAGAUGAUGACAGAAGAAUUUGUCGGUCGAUAUACUGAUCCAUUCAGUAUGGAAGAAACAGUUUUUCGAGACAGGUAUAUAUAUUCCAUUGGAAACUUGGUUCUUUGUAGUUUGAACUUGGCAUACAAUAAUUUGGGUUAUGUAACUGUAAAGAAGUUGCUAGAAGUAAUGAAAUACCAGAAAUCGUUAAAUAGGAAUUCUGCCGUGGGUUUGUUGUACGUGCAAUUGCAGGGGAAUAAUUUGCCGAUGUGUGUUGAAACAAACAUUCUGCUAGAUUACUUAGAACAAGCUGUGAUAGCGCGAAUGCAGCGUAUGCAGUCUCCACGUCGCGAUAAGAGCAGAAUAAGAAAAUUGUAA